AUGAUCCCACUCUCGCUCUUCGACCUUGGCACCUCCCUCGUCUUGGACUUCAUCGCAUGGAUCGUGCGCCUCUUCUGGACCCUCGACUUCCCCCUCUCCUUCUUCACGGGCUACAUGCUGCCCGGCGACGUCGUGGAGCUGCGGCCCGAGAAGGUGAUUCCUCACUAUGCGCGGACAUGGAUGUCCUUAGAUGUCUCCAUGCUCUGUGUGGACUGGGCAGAGGUGGCGAUCGGGGGUGUCGGGAGCUUGAAUGCUGCCCGAAUGGGGAAGACGAUCAAGAGCAUCCGGAUGAUUCGGAUGAUGCGUCUUUG